AGUGAAAUGAGGCCACAGGCGCUGGUCCACUUCCACUCACACCGCUCGCAGAUUUGAACAAAAACAGCAAACUGUCACUUCAUCACGAACAUAAAGUGUCUCUGAGGACUUUCUGCAUGAAGGAUCUGAUCACUCAGGACAGAACAGACAUGAAGCAUCUCAGUGAGUUUUAGGUUCAAGACCUCUACGCAGAUACAGGAGGUGAAAUCACACGGACUCUAGUCUGCAUGUAGAAGCUUAGAGCGUUUGUUAUUAAAGCAUAUCAUGUAUUUUUACACUGCAAUGUGGGACCUAAUCGACCUUUUACACAGGAGCCUCUCAAGAGCCCAAAGCAGCUUCAUUUACCAAAUUAAAAAUAAAUAAAAGAAUGGGUUUAAGAAGUAUUCUCAUCUCCUCAGGCUUCAAAAAUUCUUUAAGAUAUCCCAGAAGAAAUUAGUAGUUUUUUAAAUUUAAGUUUGAAUUUAACACAACAGAGCAGUGAGAAACAUGAAUCUGAUGGAGUUUAGGAGAUGUUUUCUACCAGCUGGUCCCAUAUAGUGAGGCUCAAGAGCAAUGAAACAACAAGAAAACAAUAAAACUAACAAGAUAGAAAGACUACCAAGGCCCUAACAGCAGAGGUAUAAAAAAUAUAUGUAUAGUUUCAAUUAGAAAAAGGACAUAACUAUAUAAAAGUUUUAGUGUUUAAUAUACUCCCUCAAAUGCUCAAAUACACCGUUUGCCCUGAAAAUCUAAGCUUAAAGGACCUCUGCGUAGGAUUUAAUGUCUUCUAGUAGUGACACUGCACAUUGCAACGAACCACGCCUCAACCCUUUAAACCUGUCGAGAUCACCAUGGUAACCUGUUUUGGUGGCGGUUUAGUUCAGAGUUUGGGAUUUAAAUCAGCUGUAAGAAGUGCCAGCCCUUCACCACUUCUCGUUUACUCUGAGUGAUACAGAUUCUCAGCUAUGGGAACUUAAUAUAUCUGAUAAUCUGUUGAGCUGUGUGUUUGGAAUGUCACUGAAGGAAGCCAUGCAAUGACAGCAGCGCAAACUGAAUGCAGUACGCUGCCAUGGAAAUCUACAUACAUUCAGUUGGUGAUGCAGAAAAUGCAGGCACAGAGGCUCAUUGAACACAGACUAUAAAAUUAUGUCAUAGAGGAUAUUCAAUCAGUGACUUAGAUAUUGCUUUGAUCUGUCCAAAAACUAAAGGGAUUUCCACGUUAAGUACUUGUUGAGUAUCUUCUUUGAAUGUAUGAAUGAUGAGUUGAAUAAAUGACCAGAUCAGAGUUCGCUCAACUCAUUAAAUUAAGUUUAUAAUACCAAAAAACAGCAUAUAAACAGAUUUCUCGUGCAUUAUUAGAAAAAUAAAACUCCUCAGAGACUCUUUUUUUUGUAGUUUGCGAAAAUAGACAUGGUGGAAACGUGUUGUGUGUCUUGAAUACAUGAUAAAUUAAGUUCAUAAAAUUAAAGAAUUUCCUUCGGGAUUGAUGAGGUCUUGUCUAAUUAUUCAAAAUAAAUCUAGCCAUAACAAAGGUUAGUUCUGAAUCCACUCCCUACUCCUGCAGCCUUAUCAUGAAUCUCACUGUAACCGGGAGCAGCCUCAGAUUGUGUUAAAGACAGAAAUGGCUUCAACAGCUGAGACAGUUCUCAUGUUAGGAGAAAAAACUUCUUAAGCUUACAAAAUGAUUCGACCUAAUAUUUUGAGUUUGUUUAACUUGUUUUCUCAAGUUCCGCUCAUUUAUCUCUGAUAGAUUUACACUUUCACAACUCAAUAGAAUAACUUUAAACCAGUUCAUCAACCACAGUGCAGUUAAGUCCCUUCGUCAAUUCAGCAGGGGAACUUCAGUUUGUAAACCUAAAAUGAUUUACGGUGUAGAUCAGCUUCAGGAAGAACUAAACAAGAGAAAGAAGGUGAGACUUUAAUUUGUAAUUGAAGUUGCCAAAGUCUGGGAAGGAUUAAAUGUGAAAUGCAAGCUGCACAUGUUUACUCUGUUGGAUUAAAAUUACUCCUGUACAGCUGAAGUUCACACUAAUUCAGUUAAUGUUCUCUCUAACUCUGUAACAUGAAAGUGAACGCUGAGUUUUCUUGGCUUGCACAGGUGAAAUACACGGAUGUAAAGCAGCAGCAGCAGCAGCAGCUCUGCGCGUCACUUCCCAGGAAGUCCAAAAGUUUUCCAUCUGGCCAGCAGGCUGCGGUGGGAGGAGGCAGUCUGAGGAGUAACUGGGGUCUCUGCCAAGGCGGCACGACACAGUUUGAACUGCAGCAUUUUUGUUUUCUGUGAACUCUCGCAACAAUCUCCCGGUUUCAGGGAGAAAAAACGCUCACGGAGCGAUGCGUAAAACCAGAUUUGCUCGGAAGGUUUUAACCAACUGCUGAGUUUGAGGGAUGUUUCGGAGAUGGCCUGAACUUUUCCUUUCUCCUGCGUCUUCUUCUCCACAGCCUGCAGGUUUAGGAGUAGAAGAAGAGCUCGGAGCGGGGACACACUGGAAUUGAUUUCAGUUUGGACAACUCCUGCUUCAUAUUUUUUUGCGUUUUCCUCUCCGGCCUGGGAGGAGAUGAGCGCUCAGGAUGGGACUGUGCCUCGGUACCGAAGUUACAGAGGAGGAGAAGAAGGCGAGGAUUCACAGUUCCAAGAUAGACCGAGACCUGUACGAAAGCGCAAAGCGGGAGAUGAAUGUGGUUAAGAUUCUCCUGUUAGGUGCAGCAGAAAGCGGAAAAAGCACUUUGGUCAAACAGAUGAAGAUCAUCCACAGUAAUGGCUUCAACAAGCAGGAGCUGAGCAGCUUUAAGCCUGCAGUGCUGGAUAACCUCCUGACCUCCAUGAAGUUCGUCCUGCAUGGAAUGGGAAUCCUCCGCAUCAACUUGGCCAACAGCAGGAACAAGGUCCACGCCCAUUCUGUCCUGUCGUGUGGGCGGUGUUUUGACGAAGAGCAGGUGCUGUUUCCUUUCCUGAGCCAUGCCCUGUCCUGUCUGUGGGCCGACCAGGGGGUGAGGGCCGCGGCCGCCCGGGGAUAUGAGUACGAGCUCAAUGACUCGGCGCUGUAUUUCUUUGAGAACAUGACCCGCAUCACGUCUCCCGACUUCGUGCCCACGGAGACAGACGUCCUGCGAGUACGACUGAGGACGACGGGCGUCAUAGAGACCCAGUUCAAAGUCAACCACCUCAUUUUCAGGAUGUACGAUGUUGGAGGUCAGAGAACCGAACGAAGGAAGUGGAUUGGUUGUUUCGAGGAUGUCAGAGCAGUUCUGUUCGUGGUGUCGCUCAGCGGAUACGACAUGACCCUGGUGGAAGACCCCUCCAUGAAUCGUCUUCAGGAGAGCUUGAAACUCUUCUCCUCCAUCUGCAAUAAUGUCUUCUUCCGCAGCACAUCCAUGAUUUUAUUCAUGAACAAGAUAGACCUUUUUCAAGACAAGAUUUUACACUCUGGACGACAUCUGCGGUUGUAUUUGCCACAGUUUAAAGGUGCAGACUGCGACGUGGAUUCGGCCGCCCGCUUCAUCGCCGCCACCUUCGUCUCGCUCAACGACACUCCCAGCAAACUCAUCUACCACCACUUCACCACGGCGACCGACACCUCCAACAUCCAGGUCGUCUUCCAGGUGGUCAUGGACACGAUAAUCAAGGAGAACCUGGAGGCGGUGUCGCUCCUGUGACCCCAGAGUGGCGGGAAGAGACCUCACUGAACUGCAGAUAUCUCAUUUUAAAAGAGAAAUACUUUUUUAAAAGGCAGUGAAGAUCAUCUCAUCCGAGGAUGUCGCCUGCUGCCUUCUUCCAUUCAGUCCAGGCUGGAAGCUCUGAUGCUCUUUGCUGCUUUUAAUCCUUUACUGCUUUCAAAAACUGUCUCUCAACACAUGAAGGUGAAGGACCACUUGGCCAAUCUUUUGUUUUUGGGUAAAGCCCUGUAAAAUGUUCACUUUAGCAAGCUUGUCUUUAAACCAAUGGGCAUUCAUAUGUUUUGUACUGUACUAUAAAAUCAAACCAUGAACAGUGACGUUGCUUUUUUCUGAAGACUUGAUGCAUAUAUGUUCAUUUGUGCCUUGUGUGGGGGCAAGAACAGAGAGGUGGGUGAGGAUUUACUGUCUGUUCGUUAACUUCCUUGGCUCGCUCAUGCAUACCAUCAUGUGUUUUCCGCUCAUCCAUCACUGUGUCUCCGCUGUGCAGAUGCUGUGCGUCACACCCUCCUAAUGAGGAGCUGAUCACUGUAAAAGCAGCACCGGUUUGUGUUUGCUUGAGCUGAAAUCACCCACACGGCGUGCAUUUUAAUCUGAGCCUUCACCCGCUCUCCAGACGCUCUUCAAUCAGCGAUGAUGCUGAGAAAAACGAAUGUCAGAAAGUGUGUGUUUGGGGAAAAAACAUCCCUGAAGAGACUGACUUGUGUUUAAUUCCCUUCCUUUCACCUGUGAUGGUUAUUGUUGCAGAAUCUGGCACACGUAAGCCCUGUUUGUUUGUUUUUUCCAAGCAGGAUGAUGCCUCCUGUUUGUGAUUUGUGUGGCAUAAACUCUGCUGGGGUUUGUUCUGAGGGCUCCCCUGAGCUACUGGCUUUAUCAGCAGCUACUCUGACUCCAGUGAUAAACAAGAUGUGGAAAUAACUGAUGCAGCCUGAUAUGGAUACUGAAAGAAGGGAGGAAAGCACCCCCAAGUGCCUUACGAUGAAGUGGUUUUACCGUUUUUAUGUCAUUUAAAUGCUUCAUCCGUGUAUGAAAUGUUUCUCCUUCUUUUUCCACCUCAAGAAUUAAGUUUCAUACUGUAUCUCUACUCUUCAAGUGUCGUGUUCUAAAAAAUAUAUAUAUUUUAUGGUUUGUAUUGCAUUGAAAUUGCAAUACAAAAUAAAUAUGAGAUUAAUUUUC